GCUCAACAGGCUAUUUUAUCUCUUGAAUCAGAACAAGUGCCAUUAAUGUCAGCACACUGGUGCUUAAAACACACCUUCAAAGUUGGAGCUGUUGCAGGAAAUGAUUGGUUAAUUUGGGAUAUUACUCGGUCCAGGUACUUUCUUGAUUUUAUUUGUUUGUUACAGAAGAAAAGUAACUUUGCUAAAUGAUCCACUCGGCCAUCCUGUUACACCUGGGACUACACUGACAAGCAAAAAGAAUUCUCUCCUAUAGAAGGCCAGAUCUAUGGAUUUUUACCUAACAGCAGCUUGCUAUGCAGAUUUACUCUGGAAGUAACCCAGAAAGGACAGUGCAAAAGAGGAAACUGUGGAUCUGUGCAAUGUUUGCUUAAAUUGGAAAACAGGGAAAAAAACCAACCCUGUUGCAUAACAGUUCCCUGUAAUGGUUCUAAGUCAUGUCUUUAUUGUGUUCCAUCUGUUUUAACUGAUUGCUUGUUUAGAAUGUAUUAUAGUUUAAACACAUUGGACAUUCUGUCCUAUAAAGAGAAAAUACCUUUUAAAUCUUAGUUUAAGUUCAUUUUCUUGAGUCUAAUAGAGAAUUCAUAAAAUGCAAAAUAUUAUCUUUUAGUCAUCCUCAAACUAAGAGACCUGUUCACAUGGAUCGAGCCUGCUUAUUCAGGUAAUACCGUUUUUGUUGGAGCUUUGAUUUGGUCUUUUGAUGUUGUGCUGUGCCAUCACUGGUCUACUUGUGCAGUUCUUUCCUUUGCACUGGAUUUUUUUUCCCCUGAUUGUUUUAUAAGUGGUUAUUUUACUUUCCCAACUAAGUCAUUGCUUUUUUCUUUUGGUCUAGACAAGGAGUUGAUUUGUUUCCAAAUAUUUUCUUUAUACAAAAAAAACAUGUAACCACUCCACCACUACCACCCGACAAUUUGGAAUAUAUUAUGCUUCCCGAUUGUGCUGUGCUGUUAAGGAUGUAAAUGUAGGGGAGCCCGUGUUCAUGUAUAUAAACUUAUCGUUGUGUGUUAAAUGAAAUCAUGCUAGAUAGCAUAUCUCUGCAAUGUGCUUUUAUUUUUCACUUAACAUACAUAUCUGCCUUGUUCUUUUUCAUAAUACUCCAUUGUAUAGUGUGGGCAUUAAGCUAUUAUUUCUUCUAAGUACCAGCCAAACCAAAUAAGAGACUAAAACCAGUUAUUGGGGAUAUUUUAGAUUUGCUGGAAUAUAGCAUAGUCUGUAUUCCAGCAAAUCUGAAAUAUCCCUGAUAAAAUUGUAGAACUUGGGGAUAUCAUUAUUGAGAAUAAAAUACAUUUGACUAAAUGUAAGAAUGCCAUGGAUUAUAAGAUACAUCCUGACUUUAGAGAUGUGAACAAGUAUACACCAAUGAGCAAGUAUACAUCAAUUUUAAAAUCAGUGAGCUAUGGUACUUAUAAUUCUGUAGGUAAUCUCCAGGCUUGUUUAGCAGCUCAUCAGUGUCAUCAAGAAUUCACAGACCCUUUUCAUCCUUUCCCUCUGCUAUUCUCAAUAGCAAGGAUUUGGGCUUGUUGCUUCAUAGUCACUGGACGGCUGUGAGAGUUCCAGGCAUAAGAGAAUUAUUCCAUUUGCAGAACAAUUAAACAAAACAAUAAAGGAGAAGAAGGAACCCGCUCUUUUUAUGGGAGAUUGCUGUGACUGCCUUAAACUAAUUGUGUCUCAUCCCUGGGGGUUGGACAUCCUGUGCCCUGAACUAAGUUGGGGUUCACUUAGCAUGGAAAAGGGACAGAAUGGCUGUCAUAUUUGAUGCCUUAUUUGUGUUUUCUCCCACACGGUUAGCCCUUUGGGUUGUGAAAAAAAAGAACUGUAUUAACCUUGUGUAACUUUGGAACUCAAAGUGACACAAAAUAAGCACUUCAUAUAUAUUUAAAGUAUGAGAAAAUAUUUAUGGAAUAUUUUCCUGGAAUUCCUAGUCUAAUUAUAAAGACAUAUGAACAAAUUUAGGAUUAUUAAAAUCACUGGUUUUAUAUAAAAAGAAACUGAUUUCUGGCCAGGUGCUGUGGCUCACACCUAUAAUCCCAGCACGUCAGGAGGAUCACUUGAGGUCAGGAGUUUGAGACCUGCCUUGGCAAGAUAGCAAGACACCAUUCUUACAAAAAAUAAAAAAAUGUAAACUUAUCUGGGCCUCAUGGUACACACCUGUAGUCCCAGCUACUAGGAAGGCUGAGGUGGGAAGAUCACUUGAGCCCAGGAAUUUGAGGCUACAGUGAGUUUUGUUAGCACUUCUGCACUCCAGCCUAGGUAACAGAGCAAGACCCUGUCUCUUUAAAAAAAAAAGAAAAGAAAAACAAAAAACCCGCUUCAGAAAAGCUUGUAGUUAUCUGAAAGAUACGAUACUUACUUUUAUGUUUCCUUAUUUCUUAGGUGGUCCACAAUUAGUGAAAAUCUGUUUGCAACCACUGGUUAUCCUGGCAAAAUGGCAAGCCAGUUUCAAAUUCAUCAUUUAGGACAUUCUCAGUGCUUGGAUUUCUGAGCCCUACUGAAGCUGAAUCCAGAGGUGAACCAACUGAUCUGAAACUAUGGCCCAUCCCCCUCAAACUCAAACAUUGACAAGAUGCAGGAGCUGAGUUUUUCGCAGAAGGUGCCAGCUAUUCAACAGAAAAGAACAGUGGCUUUUCUAAACCAAUUUGUGGUGCACACUGUACAGUUCCUCAACCGCUUUUCUACAGUUUGUGAGGAGAAACUGGCAGACCUUUCACUUCGUAUCCAACAAAUUGAAACAACUCUCAAUAUUUUAGAUGCAAAGGGGUUAAAUGUGACAGUGGUUCAUGAUGCUGGUGCCCUUUUGGCUUUUGUCUGCGGUUCCAUAUACACGCUCCUGCAGUCUAUCAUCUUUUACGAAUCGUGUCCACAGUGGAACAGUCUCUGGAUGUGCCAUAUACGGAUGAUCAUCUCUGCCGUUUGUUGCGCAGCUGUCGUCCUCAUGAUUGUCUGUGCUUCAUUAGUUUCCACAACCAAGCUGGAAUGGGACCCAAGCGAAAAGGAUUAUGUAUAUCAUGUAGUGAGUGCGAUCUGUGAAUGGACAGUGGCCUUCAGUUUUAUUUUCUACUUCCUAACGUUCAUCCAAGAUUUCCAGCUAAGCAAAGUGCUUCUACUGAGAGGCCUUCAUGCCAUCAUGUACAGUAGCUCUAAGUGGAUACAGAAGACCUUGGUUUUGAAAUUCUGCCACCGUAUUUCUCCCUGCUCAUGAGGCUACAUCUUUUGCUCUUGCUGCUAAUUGGCCAUUUAUAGUGGGUGUAAUUCCAGGUGUAAUGGUUUCAGCAACUCAGGUGAGAACCAUCCUCUAUUAUUACUGGCACAACUUGAUAUAUAGUCAGACCCAGAACUGAAACUCACAUCUCAAAUUCAUUUCAUGCCAGUAAAUGUGGCAAAGAGAACAAAGGCCCAAGAGCAAGAAGCGGGUGGUCAAGAAGAACUUCUGGGUGUAGGGUGCUGUUUAUUCGCUCCUCCUUUUCACACCUGUGGCUGGAUGUCCCACAACACUAUAGGAAAUGUGAGUCAGGCCCUUUGCAUUAAGGAAGAACUACGGACUCCACCUUUUCACCCAAAUCAUGAAUAACCAAUGAAAAGCAAGCUAUUCCAGAGGAAGAAGUAACCCUUGAAAUGUUAAGGCUUAGGCUUGAAAGCUGAAGAGCAGGAAUUCUCUUUUCAAAGACCCGAGAGCAUAAACCCAUGUGUGGUCAAGUGGGAUCAGCCCUCAAGGGCACAUGCCAAGAGCAGAGCAGCCCAUGGAGACAGCUUCGGAGGGCAUGGCAUCGUAGGGAGUUAGGGAUAGCUCCUCAUUAACUAUUUGUUGGGUGAGUAUAGGGGUGAGGCUCAGUGGCAGUCAGGCAUCUCUGCAAUGACAAGCUGCCUUCCCUCUAUGUGUUAGCCCAUGUUAUUGGAACAUGUCCCACACCCCUACCACUGCCAUUUGGGCCCUAUAAGGCCAAGUAGAGAAAUCUGGCAAUAAAAGGCAAAUGUAAGCAUGCUUUCUUUAAGAUGCAUCAAAAAUGACUUUCUUUAAGUGAAUGGAAGAGUUUGACAGAGAAACACCUUUGGAAGCAAACAUAAGAAUGCUGACUGGGUGUGGUGGCUCACACCUGUAAUCCCAGCACUUUGGGAGGUCUAGGCAGGAGGAUCACUUGAGCCUGGGACUUUGAGACCAGAGUGGGAAACAUGGUGAAAUCUCAUCUCUACAAAAAAGCCAAAAACAAAAAUUAGCCAGGUGUGGUGGCAUGUGCCUGUAGUCCCAGCUACUUGAAAGGCUGAAGUGGGAGAAUCACCUGAGCCCAGGAGGUUGAGGCUGCAGUGAGCCAUGCCACUGUCUUCCAGUUUGGGCAACAGAGCAAGACCCUGUCUCAAAAAUAAAUAAAUAAAUAAACAAACAAACAAAUAAAUAAAAAGACUGCUAAUCAUUUCUGGGUUCACUGUGACUUAUUGUAAUGCUGGAGAUCCCCCUUGCAACACUGGAACUGAAAGUGAUGAAAGCUGUGUCAAGCCUUCGUUAUCCUGAAGAGGAGGAGAAAUGCCAUGUGCCUUUCCCAUGGGAUCCGCAGUGGAAUGAAUACAUGGUUGUGUCUCACUUCAAACCGACUUUCGUUCUCAGCACUUCUCACAAUGGAUUUUCAUGCUUCCUUUUCACAUCUCUCUGCAGUUAGAUUGGGAGCUCCUUGAGGGCAGAGUAUGUGCCUUAAUCUUUAUCUUGGUAAUGCCCUCAAUUAACGAAGUGCCUCCUGGUACACUGCAGGUGCUUAAGAAAUACUCACUGAAUGCAUGAAUGAAUGAAUGAACAAAUGAAGGAAUGACUAAGGGUGUUUGUAGUGCUGUAAUAUAUAAUGGAAUUUACUCUGGUUUACUAGUUAUUUUCAUAAUAAACACAUGGUCUGUAUCACCUGGUAA